GCAGUUACUUCCUUGUUCAGUUUGUUUCCGAGCGAUUGGAAGGAUGAUAGCAGUAACCCAUUCGAGCUUUACAGCUUUAUGCAUUUGCUUAGUCUUAAAUAUUUUAUUUUUCGAGGCAAAGGAAACGGCCGCAAAGCCACCGCAUGUUGUAUUUAUUUUGGCUGACGAUUUCGGCUGGAACGAUGUGGGGUAUCACGGAUCUGAAAUCAAAACACCAAAUCUUGACAAACUUUCCUCACAAGGAGUCAGACUGGAGAAUUAUUAUGUUCAACCGCUGUGCACACCGUCCAGAAACCAACUCAUGACCGGAAGAUAUCAGAUCCGUACAGGCAUGCAACAUCAGAUUAUUUGGCCGUGCCAGCCGUACUGCGUGCCCCUGCAAGAAAAGCUGUUGCCCCAGCUGAUGAGGGAAGCGGGCUAUGCCACACACAUGGUGGGCAAGUGGCACUUGGGCAUGUAUAAGAAAGACUGUUUUCCAACCCGGAGGGGAUUUGACUCCUACUUCGGCUACCUCACGGGAAGUGAAGACUACUUCAGUCACCAUCGCUGCUAUGUCGUACCCCCUCAGAACCUGACCCGCUGCGCCCUGGACCUCAGGGAUGGAGAGGAGGUAGCCACAGGGUACAGUGGUCACUAUUCCACCCACCUGUUCACUGAAAGAGUAACCAGCAUCAUUGUAAAACAUGACCAGCAGAAGCCCCUCUUCCUGUACGUGGCGCUGCAGUCGGUCCACGCCCCACUGCAGGUCCCCGAGAGCUACGUAGCGCCCUACAGCUUCAUCAGAGACCCGCACCGCAGGGAGUACGCGGGCAUGGUGUCGGCCAUGGACGAGGCAGUGGGCAACAUCACCCAGGCGCUGUGGGACAGGGGACUGUGGGACAACACUGUGCUGGUAUUCUCCACAGACAACGGAGGGCAGACGUUGGCCGGCGGCAACAACUGGCCUCUGAGGGGCAGGAAGUGGUCACUCUGGGAAGGAGGAGUGCGUGGCGUAGGCUUCGUGGCCAGCCCGCUGCUUGCACAUCCCGGAACUGUGAGCAGGGAGCUUAUCCACAUCUCUGAUUGGCUGCCCACUCUCGUGAGCCUGGCCGGCGGUUCCACCAAUGGCACCCUGCCUUUGGAUGGCUUUGACAUCUGGAACACCAUUAGCAAAGGGACGUCUUCGCCAAGACUGGAGCUGCUGCACAAUAUAGACCCCCUGUAUGAUGACAUCGCACCCUGUCCUGGCAGGGAGUCCAGAUUGACUUUGGCUCCAGAGCUCAGUCAAGGCCAGUGGUCUCACUCUGGCUUCAACGUGUCUGUUCACGCUGCCAUCCGCUACCAGAACUGGAAACUGCUCACUGGAUACCCAGGUUGUGACUACUGGUUCCCUCCCCCACAGCUGUCCAACAGAUCAGAGGCCAGCAAGCCAGCAUCUCCUCUGAAAUUGGUGAUGCUCUUCAACGUGGAGUCCGACCCUGAAGAGAAACAGGAAGUGUCUGAGAAACACCCGGAAGUGGUGAACUUCCUCCUCACUAGGCUGCAACACUACCAGAAGGCCUCCAAACCCAUCAUAUUCCCUGAUGAUGACCCCAGGUGUGACCCGGGGCCCAGUGGAGCCUGGGGUCCCUGGGAAUAGACCCAGAAAGAGGCCGAACAAGCAAAGCCUUUUCAGUUAGAGAGGGGGCUGCUCCACUUCACCUUAUCUGUCUUCAGGAGGCCACGGGAUUUGGGGUCACUGGUCAUGCAAUGUCAUGCAUAGUUUUUCCUCUGGCUUUUGACAUUUGGACUGAAGGUUAAAUUUGGUUUGAGUCUAUGGCUGCAUUAACAAGCUAGCUUGAGUUCAUCCAGAUUUGAAAAGCCUUUGAAGGACACGUCUAAAUGUGGAGGGUUGUCAUAUGAAGAACCUAAUGUAGGAACCUUUGUGUUGAAACGCUGUCUUUGUCAGUAUUUGAAACAGGCCUGGAUUCAAUCAUCAUUUGUCCUUAAUUUUGACCAUGAAAUGCAAGUGUUCACUUUUUUCCUCACAAACACAAUUUUGAAAGUUCAGCAAUGACCAAAAUGAACUGGAAAAAUGUGUUUCUAUUGAGAAUAAACACUUUCAUUUAUGUAAGCCAAUGUGAAAGACAUGUUGAUUUAAAACAGGCCAUACACUCUCACAGUGGUUAUUCUCAGGAUCUGACAUCUUUUUAAACUUGACUUAUUAUUGCAGAACAGAAUGAGAAUACUUGUUUUAAUGUUUGAAAGCUUUCUUGUGAGAUCUGUUAACAUUAGAGAUGCAUUAUAUGGAAAUUUUGGGGGUGAUAUCACUAAUCAACUAAUAUUUGCCAAGCCACGUUGACCCAUGCAUGUGCCAAGCUUUUUUACAUUAUAGCACAAAUGCAAAUUGCAUACAGGUUCUGUCUUCAUGGAAGAAGAUGAGCACAGAUGUCAACUUGGGGACAAAAGGACAAAUGUAAGAAAUUAUAUUUGUAAAACAAUAUAUUUAAAUUUUAUUAUUAUGCAGAACACAUGAGUCAAGAGAUUUUUGGUUGUUAGUUUGACUGGUGAAAAUGAUUAAUAUAAACAAGUUGGAGGUUGAGUACCCACUUUUUGCACAUUCAUUUUUCUUUUAAUUUUCAGAAUCAGCAGUGCAUCAAAUGCAAUACCUCUCUGGCAUGUGUAUGCUGCAUAUUGGUCAUAAUCUUAGUAUUGUGUUGAAACUAAUAAUUUCAUUAUUGGUCAUAAUAUUAAUAUUGGGCCAAAACUAAUAAUUUCAUUUGAACUAUUAUCAGUUCAUACCCCCAAAAAUCCCAAUAUUAUCACGCAUCCCUUGUUAAUCCCUUGUGUACACAUUUAGGAAUUUUUCGGAAUGUUGGAAAAAUGUAAUUUAGCCUUUUGAGGUUUUGCUGCACUAUUUUUAUUUUUACUGUUUUAAAUAUUGUUAAUAAACUUGCACAAAAGGUCACAAAGAUGAAAUACAUUUUUUACACUUAUUUUCUACAUAAGACAUUUCUACCAAAAUUUAAGAGGUAAAGAAGAAUGCUAAAGUAAAAUCACUAUGCUUUGUUUUCAAAUAAGAUAUUAAUAGCCUAAAGAAUACGUCAUAGUAAAUCUAGUGGUCUGCACAUUGGAAUGACAAAAAUGUCAAAUUAAUGUUUUUUUGUUGUUGUUAAUUUAACAGUGUUGCAUUCAUUUUUUUUUUUUUUUACCUGAAAUUUCUAAAGUGCCCAUUGUUUUUCAGUACACUUAGAAAAAUACCCUACUCAAAAUGUUGGCCAAAACCUGAUAUGCUCUUAAAGCACAUGUUUUGUGCAUUAUUGGCAUUUUAUAAUAUUAUCUUAAUGAUAAUUUCAUAAGUAAAACUGUCAGCAAGGGCAUGAGGAAAAGUAAGUUACAACAAGUAAGUGACUCUCUUCAUCACUGAUGUUGUGUAUGGGACUCCCAACUUCAAGUGAACCUGCUGUGGAUCCAUUUUUGUAAUUUGGCCUGGAUGUGUUUGGACCAAGAGCAUGCUUGGACCAUGAGGGAUGUCCCAGAUUCCAGUGGUAUUCCUAUGUUCCCUUCAACAGCCCUGAGCUUUAGAGCUGGAUACUGUUACAAAUGAUGUUCCCCGCUAUGUAUGAUAUGUAUGCUGUUAAGUAUGUAUGCCCAUUGUGUAUGCUAUAAUUAACGUGUGAGAAACGGUUGCAACGUAAAAGGACGUGUGUAUUGCAGGGAUUUAGCUAGAAAGAAAAUUAAGACCUGGUGGUGGCGUCAAACCCGGUCCUGAGAGUGGGGAUUACCUGCGACUUCCCCGGCCAGUACGACUUUGCCCCUUUGGUGGACAGCUCACGCUGGUUAUUGUUAGGUCUGGUUCGGUUUUUGUUUCUCUUUUUUUAAUUUUUUAUUUUAAAAGACCAAGUCAGUCCCAACGUCCCGUGCAAGUGCUAUUUGGCGUGGCGCCGGAGUGAGAAUAAAAAGAACCCAAAAAAAGAAUCCCAAGGCUGGCUGCAGGUGCUUCGGCUGCUCUGUCGCCUGGUUUGCGGGCAUGAAGAUAAAUUCAAAAUGGCCGUUUUCUUCACUUCAGCCCUCACCGGAGCUCUUCUUGACUCCGGGACUCCCCUCAACGAGGCAAACCAAAAAUAAAAACGCCACAACACUGCGUCCUCCAGCAAAACACGUACAAGUUUUUAAAAAACCUUUUGCAUUAGCCCGCCAUUACACUUGUCUUUCACACCCCCAUGUGCAUUUCCCUGAGCUCAUAAAGAAAUCACAUGGGCGUAGCUCCAAUAUCAGGACCACCUGGUUGACGCCAGCAACCAAUUAGCAGUGUUGGGCUAAAUGGCCUGUUCUCGUCUUACGUUAUGUUAUGUUAUGUUAAUUAUCACUUGACGCCAGCAACCAAUUAUGAAUGAAACGGAAAGACUAUAGGUGUGUGUUUGCGCGAAUGUAACACUUGUAACAAUACCUAGGGGUAUAUGUGCAUAUAUUAAAUUGGUGAUAAACAAUCUAUCUCUGCCCAAAUCAUUUUUAAAUGGCUAUGUUUAUACAAUCAGCUGCAGUAACUGCUGAUGAUUGGAUUAAUGCAGUGGCUGUGAUUCAUAUAUGAAAAUCUUUUUACCAUAUGUUUAUGUUACAUUUAAAUACAGUAUGUGUGUGCAAUGUGUGUGAAAAUUGUAAUAUUGUUCUGUAUUUAUGCCCAGCUUACCAACCACAAUAGAAUGGUUUAAACAUAUUCCAAUGAGAUCAACUCAAUAAACCUUACCUCUUUUUGUAUUUCA